UGUCACUAAAUGGCCUAACUAUACGUUCUUCAAACAUGUUGCGAAGUGCUAUAGACGAUGACGAGUAUUUUUCAGUUUCGCAUUUGUAAAUACUGAUGUAUUUGUUAAGAAAAUAAGGUUACAUAUUUGGAAUUGUUUGGGGGAUGUAAAUUAUUUAAUCAUGAAUUCUGUUGUUGAGAGACUAUGUGUGGAAGACGUUUAUGAUUUAGCGUCAGAAAUUGGGAAGGAAUUUGAGAAAAUAAUUGAUAUUUAUGGCGCUGAAGUUAUCACCAGUUUGAUGCCCAAAGUUAUCUGUGCUUUAGAACAGUUGGAAUCCUGUGCAGUUAGAAAUGAUCGUGUGGAUUUAGAAAUUUCAGACUUAAAUUCAGCCAUUGCCCAGCUUCAGUACGAAAAAAUCGAAAAGCAAGAAUCAAAAAGUAAACUUGAAAAGGAGUUGGAACAUAUAGAGGACAUUUGGAGAGAAGAAACCAACCAGUUAAGUGAACUGGUUUCAAAGCUGAAGGAGGAAAAUUUCCGCCUGAGUAGCUCACUGAAAGAGAAGGAAGAUUUCCUGUCUGAAAAGUCAACAAGUUGUUUCCCAGAUCAGGAGCUGAUGGUAGCACAGAAGUUGAAAGAGAUUGUUGACAGGCAAAGGGAGCAACUUGACCAGAAAGACAGGGAAAUACAUCAGAAGUGUAACGAUGUAGAAUCUCUUCAGCAACAGGUUCAAAAGUUGGUGCACCUCAACAAGGAUUUACGACGCAAACAAAAGCACCAGCAAUCUCAGAUGCGAACUUUUGUUGAAGAAAAAGCAGAACUACAAGUACGUGUAGAAGAACAUCAGAAAGAGCUUCAACAGCUACGUGAACGUUUGGGGGUAGCAGUAAAGGAAAACUUAGAACUUGCACAGGCUGAAAGUAAACUUGUGCCAGAUUUGAGGGGAAAGAUGGUGAUUGACCUUGAUGACCCCAAUAGGCCACGAUUUACAAUAGAUGAGCUGAAAAGAAUAAUGUUUGAAAGAAAUGACCUGAAAGCGAGGAUAAGUGAACUGGAAGAUGAACUUGCUUUCUUCAGGCCUACUCCUCCUCCAAAGUCAGAUAACGAGGGAGAAUUAGAAAGAACUAUCGAAGAGUUACCAGUGCAGGGGCCAAUAAAUAAAGAACCAGAAGAAAAGUUGUUCCCGUGGAUGAAGCCUUCCGGAAUACGUAGAUUUUUUCCAUCACUUAGCUGGCCUAGUCUAAAGCUCCAAUAGCAAGGACUUGCCCGGUGGUGCCAUCUAUGGACAGAUAAAGAUGAAAAGAAUGAGGUUCCCCGGGCAGAGGAAGACCUGAAUGUAUUUCAUGUAAAUGUUGCCCUCUUGUGGCCUGCUCUGUUAGAUGUAUAGAUAACCAAACUAACAGAUUAUUUAAUAAAAGUAGCAUAAUUUGUAAAACUUUUAGUCAUUUGAACCAGUGAAACAAAAUGUCUGAAGCUGAGACUUUGUAACAUUUAUGUUCAUAUUGGACAAUGUUUGUAUGAAAAAUAUCAUACGUUAUUAGGUGGCUGAAAUGUGAAAGAUCUGUUUACUGUUAUCAUAAGAUAGUGAUAGGUUAGGGCUAUAAUAAACUGUUAUGUUUACGAACGUAUAAUUUUAAUUGCCUUCCGUGUGGUUUCUAGUACUGGAAUGUGCCACUGUUACAUCGGUUUAUGACUAUCUACUUAAUUAGGCUCACUGAUGGUGGUUUCCCCAGAUAAAGUAGGAUGAUAAUGGUUACUUUUGGUUCAAAGUUCGUUAAUAUUGGAAGGAUUUAUUUAAAGGAAAUUGUUUCUCCUUGCAUUGGAGAUGUUUAUUACUUAGAAAUUAAGACAAUACUCUUUGUAACUUAAAAUUUGAGGAAUUUAAAUGAUUUAUCUCGUGUUAUAUACUCUCACAAUUUAGUAAAACAGUUCCUUAGGUUUCCAUGUGUUAAUUUAUAUAGUUCCUGUUUGAUUAAAAGAUGAAUUAGUUUUGGCAUCAAUUAAAGUUCGGAAAUCACCACCAGUGUAUUCUUCAUCUUAAAAUAUACCUUUUGUUAUACUGAAAAGUGUAUGUUGAUACGCAGGGUUUUUAACUAAAGACUACUUUACCCAAUUUUAACUUCUUUUGCACCACAGAAAAUUUGUUUAAUGAUGUUUAUGAAUUGUAUACUGAAAUUGAUGAAUUGUGAUUAGAAUAUCCAAGGUUUUUUUUCGUUAAUGAAGCUAAAUGUUUGAAAUAUAGUUGGAGUGUAUAAUUUUGAAUGUUUGUCACUGUAUGUUCCCUACAGUGUUAUCCUGUUACAAUAAGACCGAGAAAUAGCUUGAGAAUUCCCAAUGUUGUGUUAGGCCGAUCACUUGAAUUUUUAAAUCAUUACUCUUGGCACCCUUUUUUUUAUUUUAGCUAAAAAAAAUUUAAUUACUGUUUAAUAGUUAAAUUCUUUGUUAAAGCAUUUUACAAAAAAAGUUGGGGGGGGGGAUUUUAAAUUGUUAUCAACAUGUUCUUUCAUUCUUAGUGAAUGAAUAAUGUUUUAAAGUUGUUCUAGCAUAUUUCUUAACGCAUUACACUUGUGUAAUAUUUUUAAAAAAUUUAUGCCUCGACUUAUAGGUGUUUGUAUAUCGUAAAAACAUGCAUAUAAGGUCAUUGGUUGACUAUGUUCCACAAAAUGGUCAUUAAUUAUCACCUGAAAUUAUAUUUUGAGGUUUGUGACAGUUUUACCGGUGAAUUUAGGUAUGAACGAACUUCGUGUUCUUAAAGAAUUUCAAGGAGAAAAUAUUCGUUAUUAGUAGAUAUUUGGUUUACAAGGUUCUUGAAUGACCAGUUUCUUAGAUUUGUAAUAUCAGUUUUAAAAUAAUGGUUUAAUAGAGUUUGGAGCUUUAUUCAAGUCAAAAAAACCAUGUCAGCAGUUUUAAACAAUUUACAGAUUCUAACAGCUUUACUAGUGUAAAAUUCACACAGCUUUAGUUUAGGUAAAUGCUCUUUUUACACGCCUCUAAUUUUGAAUCUGAUAUCUAAAAAAAAUUAAGAGGGAAAAAGAUCAGCAGAUACUAUAAUUUUUGGUCACAAAUUUUAGGCCUGUUGGUUUCUAAUGCUUUGUCAGCUUUCAGCAUUUAAACCUCAACCUUUAGAGUAGUGUAUGACGUAUAUAUAUAAGUAGUGUUUCAUAGAAGUUUUAUCUUGUCAUCCAAUCCAGUUGAAGAAUUCUGCUCUAUCUAAAUGUCUCUGAAGUUGAAUCAAAAAUUGAAAAAUUAAGAAGUGGUGGAGAUCUAUGUUUAACAUGAUUUUUAUCAGAACUUGUAAGCCUGUUAAAUUCAGUUAUUGGUUUUAGCUGCUUCAGGUAGCUAAAUUCUAGUUGUUUGUUUAGCAGCUUCAGACAGUUUUAAUUCUAGUAAACUUCACCAUACAACUUUAGAAGCUUCAGGUAGCUAAAUUCAAGUGGUGGUUUUAGUAGCUUCAGACAGUUUUAAUUCUAGUAAACUUCACCGUACAACUUUAGAAGCUUCAGGUAGCUAAAUUCAAGUGGUGGUUUUAGUAGCUUCAGGCAAUUUUCAUUCUAGUAAAUUCAGUUCAUAGUUCUAACACUUUUACUAAACUCAGUUUCAGGAAAAUCUUAUUAAUAUCAGCUGACAGUGUCACCAACUUCAAGUAGUCUUAUCAAACUUAUCAGUGCCUGGACUUGUGUGUAUUUAGUAAAAACAUGCAAGAUUAGUGAUUGACUAGGUCCCACAAAAUAGAUGAAUUAUUAGUACCGAAAGUUAAUCUUUAUGCUGGAUAUGUAAGAUUUACCCAUUUCUUUUCACUACAUUUAUAAUUGGUGUACGCAGCACGUCACCUGGCUUAGUCAACAUUUAUUCGUUUUGAUAAUUAUUUCAGAAAAACAAACAAAAAACAUGUUGUACUCAGUUCUAAAUUUUUAUGUACAGAGAAAUGAUUAAAUGAAGUUAUAUUGAGCAAGAUAUAGUGUAUUUGUACAUAUGGUGUUAGUAUAUUGUGAGUACUUGUUUGGAUUAUGGGUUGGUGCUUUCUCUUAGAAGUGCUGGUAAUCUGUCGGUGGCAAUUUGCUCCUUUAGUUCACUUUUAGGUUAACAAUAUUAAAAUCUGUCUUCUAAGUAAAGUUAAAUUAUGAUUAUCCAAAACUGGAAGACAUAGGAUGUGGUUCAAGUGGAAGAAAAAUCUGAAGAAAACAAAAUUUUAUAUUUCAAAAUCAUUCUGUUCUUAAUUUUUUAGCAUUUGUGGUUGAAAAUUCCUUAAACAGAAAAAUAAAAUGCAGAUCGCCCAAGAAGAUGUGCGUUUGUACUGUGUAUUAAUACAGUGACUUACUACACUGUGUCAUAAUAUGGUGACUUAACAGCAUUGCACUGUAAUACAGUGACUUACAGCACUGUGUAUUAAUACAGUGACUUACAGCACUCUGUAUAAUAGUGACUUACAGCACUGUGUAUGAAUACAGUGACUUACAGCACUGUGUAUUAAUACAGUGACUUACUACACUGUGUCAUAAUAUGGUGACUUAACAGCAUUGCACUGUAAUACAGUGACUUACAGCACUGUGUAUUAAUACAGUGACUUACAGCACUCUGUAUAAUAGUGACUUACAGCACUGUGUAUGAAUACAGUGCUUUAAAGUUGUAACUAAUAGUAUAUUUCCUAAUAUUCAACUGCAGUAAAGUAUUCUGUACAACAGGUAACUGCAUGAGUGCCAUUUUAAAACUGUUAACUUUUGUUUUAAUAAGUAGAGUGCUCUGUUUUAAACCCAGUGAUAAAGCUUAAGGAUGUAAAUAUAUGUGAUCAAGUAAACUUGGUUGUGUUCUUUUAGUCAUUUGUGAAGGUCAUGAAAGGUUUAACUAGUCCAAAAUAGAAUGAUUCCCUAUUAAAGCUGAUUUGUUGAACUUGGUAUAUGCCUUUUCUUAGCAUUAUUAGGUAUGUAUUCUUAUGUUUAAAGUUCCUACUUUUAAUUAAAUUCAACUUAGACUUUAUUAAUUAGAUCAGUAUCAGGAUGAACAAAAACAUGUUAUAUCUAUUAAAGGAGUAGUCAAAGAUCUAGUUAAAAUAUUACAUUUGUAUUGGAAAUAUUAAUUCUAUAUAUAUAUAUUUUUCUAAUUACAAUGGGUUUGUACGUAGACUGUUUGGAAAAAGGUAUAAUUUAGUUAUGUGCAUUAAAAAAAAUUCUAGUAGUGUAAGUUUUAAAGUUCCGUAUAUUUUGAUAAAUUUGUAACUUCUUUCUCAGCUUGUCGGAACAACGAUGAGGUUGAUAAAGCAAAAAAAAAAGAAUCAAAUUUUCUUUCAGUUUACUUCUGUAUCUUAAAGCAGUAUCUUGAAUAGAACCAAACCAUGAACUGUUUCUUAAUUUUGAUGCUUUAAUUUUAGUAUGCAAAUUGGCUAAUCUCUGAAAUGUGACCUAAUGAUGGAGAGAGAUAUAUGCUUUGGAUAAAUUUUUGGUCCUAUUAUGUAAAGCUGGCAAGACGGAACUGUUUUAAGCUAGUUUUGAGCUUUAUAUAACUAUUAUUAUCUUUAUUUCUAACUGGAGGCCAGUUGUCUUCUAUAAACUCCCGUUUGUAUGGUUUAGUUGGCAAGAAGAAAGUUGUAAAUGUAGUUGUUAAGUUAUUAACUCUUUUAAUAUCAUAUAUGGUAUACACUUAUAUAACCUUUGUUUUAGUUUUGUAAAGUGUGAUAUUAAGUAAUUUGUUUUGAGAGAUAUGUAUACAAUAAACUCAUUAGUUUCAAAAUUAAUUUAAAAAAAUAACAUUGUUGCAUAUUAAUUUUGUAAAUAAAUGUCCAAAUAAUCAUUUUACUUAAAACGUCUUAUAAUCUGAGCAUAUAAUCAUCUGUGAAGUAUUAAGACAAUUAUCGUUCGAACAAAAUUCAUGUUGAUAUAACAAGUAUUAACUGAGAUGUAAGUAAUUAUACAAUACCACAUGUGUGUCUAUGUUUAUGUCUAAAAAUAAACCUGACACUGGGAGAGGAGUUUUUUUUAUAUAUAUAUAUAUAUAUAUAUAAAUGCAACAGUGAAAGUUAUUGAGGGGUUUUCAUCGCUUGGAAAUACUGUAUGAUACAGAAAAUGCAUACGUAAAGUCGGAAAUCUUGCCGAAGUUACUUGCAAUAAUAAUAUUGCAGAUCUCGGAACAAAAAAUAAGUAAAUUUCAGUUUUUGAUGUAGAAUAUAUAUAUUUGUAAAUAGACAAUAUAAUGAGAUGAGAUAGCCCAACUUUGUUUUAUAUGUGAUUUUAAGUAACUAAUAAUUAGUGUUCUUAAAAAAAAAGCAAAAAUCUUUGACCUUCCAUUUUUAUGAGGGAAUAUCGCUUAUGAGCGAGCCUUUUAAUACAACUUUUCAUCGAUACCACUUAUGAAAAAUGUCUUCCAUAUUUAAUACUAUGGGAAAUAUGAUGAACAAAAAAUAAUAAACAUGAAAUCUGCAUAAUCUUAUCUAAGUAUGAAUAACCUUUGUUGGUGUAUCAAAACUGAAAACUGUACAGUUUGUACGUCUAAGUAAAACUUGCACGUUUAUGUAAAUA